CGGCCAUCUUAGAGAACUUAAACCACUCAAUCUCCAAAGAAAUUUUUUGCCUCAACGAGCAACCAACACUAGUUUUUCUCUCUCUCUCAUGAAUUGUGAAAUGCUAAAUUGAGACCACAAUUGACAGACUAGGAAUGGCUUUUCUUCUUCCCAAUCUCUCUCCUACUCUACUCCUUCAAUCAAAAGACAAACCCACCACCAUUCACCACCACAACUCUCCCUCCUCUCACCUUCCUCCGUUAACAAAACCCUCAUCUUCUUCUCUCUCUCCUCUCACCAAGCUCGAAAACCCUCCAGUCCGUCGUGAUGCGCAGGUCAACAAAACCUCAGGUGAGCAGGAUAAGCAGCAGAGGAACGACUUCUAUGUCAACCUAGGCCUCGCCGUACGGACACUCCGCGAGGACCUCCCUCUGCUCUUCGUCAAAGACCUCAACUACGACAUUUACAGGGAUGAUAUUACGUUUCUAGACCCUUUGAACACGUUUAAUGGAAUCGAAAAAUACAAAUUGAUCUUCUGGGCAUUGAGGUUUCAUGGUCGAGUUCUGUUUCGGGAGAUUUCGCUAGAGGUGUUUAGGAUUUGGCAGCCUUCUGAGAAUGUGAUAUUGGUUAGAUGGAACUUGAAAGGUGUUCCUAGGGUUCCUUGGGAAGCAAAGGGGAAGUUUCAGGGCACUUCUAGGUAUAAAUUGGAUCGAAAUGGGAAAAUUUAUGAACACAAAGUUGAUAAUUUGGCCUUCAAUUUCCCCCAGCAGCUGAAACCGGCUGCGUCUGUGCUUGAACUGGUUACUGCGUGCCCUGCAAGCCCCAACCCUACCUUCUUGUGGAGCCCUCCGGACGUGUACUCCUCGUCAUGGGUUGAGUUCUAUCAGGCCGUGAGGGAAACUCUUGAUCAUGAGGGGUACUUGAUUUCUCAAGAUUGCUUAGCUACUUGUUCAUAGCUGGUGGGCUAAUUCAUAAACAGCUAGUAGUAUAGUAUAGCGUAUACAACAUUGUUCAUUUCUUCAUAUAAGUGUAUUACAUCAUGUGUCACAUAUUUUUAUCUAUGAAAAAUAAUGUUUUUGGUUUGAGGACAUGGAUGUAUAUACAUAGGCAGGGAUGAUGGAGAGUUCGUGUGCUUCUUGUUUUGGUGGCGGCAAGAGAGCUCAGGCAUAUUUGACGAGCUCGUACAUUUGGAUAUGUAUGUAUACAAACUUUCUGUUGUUACUUGUAAUAAAGCUCAUUUUAUGUUAA